UCCUGGAUCACUAAAACCCUGUAAAUGCAGAUUGCUUAUCUCUCCGGUCUAAACCAACCACAGUGUCCCGCACACAAGGGAAAAUUAUUGUUGUCAUUGCUAUUUGUGGGUUUUUUUUUCUGCGCUGGAAUUCUAACGGCACAAUAAACGCCGCGCAGCUGAGCUGACCACUGCUGUCAACCCCCGUACAGUAGCUCGCCUUCCCAUGCUUUGUAAACAUACCUAAAACAGCAUUUAUUUUGGGGUGCCGAGUCUCAUAUGGAAAUUAGCAUAACGCAAUCAAGUAACAGCGGAAAAGGAGGGACCCAUGGAUGCCCCGAGUGCCAGAUCUUCGUUGGUCCCACGUCUGUGAUCCGUGUCCCGAUCUCCGCCCCCUCCACGUGACCCCCGUGUAGCCCCACCCUCCACGGCGCCCAUGGCUGGGGAGAAGGAGAAGGGCCGGCGCAAGGUGAUGGACGCGCAGCGAUUGGCCGCGCUGCUUCAGCGAGGGGCGGGUCGCGCGCUGGUCAUCGACAGCCGCACCUUCUCCGAGUACAACGCCCUGCACGUGCUCAGCUCCGUCAACGUCUGCUGCUCCAAGCUGGUGAAGAGGAGGCUGCAGCAGGACAAGGUGUCCGUCACCGAGCUCCUGCAGCCCAACAGCAAGGCUAAGGUGAAUCUGUGCAGGAAGCAGGAAGUGGUGGUGUACGACCAGAGCACAAAGGACGCCAGUCUCCUGUCCAAAGACAGCUUCCUCUCCAUCCUGCUGGGCAAGCUGGAGGGCAGCUUCGCCCAGGUGUCCCUCCUCACAGGGGGGUUUGCGGCCUUCUCUUCCUGUUUCCCAGGCCUGUGCGAGGGCAAGCCGGCCACCAUCCUUCCCAUGAGCCUCUCCCAGCCCUGCCUGCCCGUGGCCAAUGUGGGCCCCACCCGUAUCCUGCCCCAUCUCUACCUGGGCUCCCAGAAGGAUGUGCUGAAUAAGGACCUGAUGGCCCAGAGUGGCAUCACCUAUGUGCUCAACGCCAGCAACACCUGCCCCAAGCCCGACUUUAUCUGCGAGAGCCACUUCAUGCGCAUCCCCGUCAACGACAACUACUGCGAGAAGCUGCUGCCCUGGCUGGAGAAGACCAACGACUUCAUCGACAAGGCUAAGGUGUCAAACUGCCGAGUUAUCGUACACUGCCUGGCAGGAAUAUCUCGCUCAGCCACCAUCGCCAUCGCUUACAUCAUGAAGACCAUGGGCCUGUCAUCCGAUGACGCCUACAGGUUCGUGAAGGACCGCCGCCCCUCCAUCUCGCCCAACUUCAACUUCCUGGGCCAGCUGCUGGAGUUUGAGAAGGGCCUGCGCGUGAGGAAGGCUCUGUCGGCGGGGGGCCGCGGCGAGGAGGAGGAGGCGGAGCCGAAGGCGGCGGACACCGGCCUGCGGGAGGCGGAGCCUCAGGAGGCGGAGCUGAAGCCGGCCUCGCCCUCCUCUCUGCAGCAGGGCUUCAGCGGGCUGCACCUGUCGGCCGAGCGCAUCCAGGACACCAACCGCCUCAAGCGCUCCUUCUCCCUGGACAUCCGGUCCGCCUACGCCCCCGCCGGCUGCCCCCCGGCGCCGCCCAGCCUGGCGCUCACGCCCGCCGACGCGGAGCCCGAGGACGUGCCCAAGCUGUGCCGGCUGGACAGCCCAGGGGCCCGGCGGGCCGACAGCCCGGGCUCCGCGGAGUCGCCGGGCUCGCUGGGGGAGACCCGCGCGCGGCAGAGGAGGAAAGGGAAGUCCCCGGGCAGCGUCUCCCCCACCCACCCGCUCGGCCUCGGCUGCGGGGACGGGGGCGUGCGCAAGAGCCCCAGCCUGGACGAUAACCUGAAGGCCUCUCUCCUGCUGGCACUGCCCGGCGUGGGCGUGGGCACGGGGGCGGUGUGGACCAAGCACAGGGACCCGGCGCAGGCCAGCACCCCCAGCACGCCCACCGGGGAGGCGCCCUGGUUCUACGGCGUGGACCCCUCCCCCGGCGGCGGGGCGGUGCGUUUCGGGAGCGGCCCCGCCUACGUGGCGUUCGGCUGCGCGGGGCGGGCGGGCGGCCGCGAGGGGGGGGUGCGGCUCCGGGAGAAGCCCCAGGAGAGGCGGGACGGCCGGGGCAGCUGGCACGAGGACACGCCCAGCGGGGGCGGGGCCUCCGACAAACAGUUCAACCGCCGCAGCUGCCAGAUGGAGUUCGAGGAGGGCAUGUCGGAGUCGCGCUCCCGCGAGGAGCUCGGCAAGAUCGGCAAGCAGUCCAGCUUCUCCGGGAGCAUGGAGAUCAUCGAGGUGUCCUGACGCCCGAGCCCCUCGCCCGGGUGG